AUGGCGACGCAAACCCGGGCACUGGUCACUGCAAAAUGGCUUUCAAACUUGGUUAAAAGUAAUCGCGUCGGUCCAGGACUGCGGAUCCUGGACACAUCCUGGUAUCUGCCGAUGAUGAAACGAGAUGGCAGGAAGGAAUUUGCACAAAGCCAUAUUCCCGGAGCAUCGUUUUUUGAUAUCGACGAGUGCUCUGACAGGGCUUCACAGUUUGACCACACGCUGCCCACUGAGCAGCUGUUCGCCGACUACGUGGGAAACCUGGGUAUUGGAAAUGACACCCAUGUAGUUGUUUACGACGCCAGCGAUUUCGGGGCAUUUUCGUGCACAAGAGUUUGGUGGAUGUUCCGUCUGUUUGGCCACCCUCAGGUCUCGGUGCUGGACGGGGGGUUCAAGAACUGGGUCCGAGAGGGCCAUCCUGUCAGUGGGGCUUACAGCGAGCCUGAGCGGUCAAAGUUCACCGCCACCAUGAACCGCUCCUGGGUCAAGUCAUUUGAGGACAUCACUGAAAAUAUUGCAAGUCAGCAGUUCCAGGUGGUGGAUGUGAGGCCGUAUGGUCGGUUCCGCGGAAGAGAACCGGAACCAAGAGAAAGUGUUCAGCCGGGCCACAUCCCUGGCUCCAAAUGCAUGCCUUUCUUCAAGUUCCUGGAUGAAAAUGGCAUGAUGCUCUCCGUAGAGGAGCUCAGGAAGUUCUUCCAGAAGUCACAAGUGGACCUGAACAGGCCCAUCUGUGGGUCGUGUGGCUCUGGUGUGACUGCCUGUCACAUGGUGCUGGCUGCUCAUUUGUGCGGCUACCCCGGGGUAGCGGUGUAUGAUGGAUCCUGGUAUGAGUGGUACACCAAGGCCCCACCAGAGCAUGUUGUCUCUGAGGCCAAAAGCAGGCCAUGAUGAUCAUGAUCAGGAGGAACAGGAUGUGACAAAGAAUCAUUUAUAAGUCAGUAUUAAACAGCCAUGUGAAAAGACAAGUCUUUUGGAGCAAUGGCAUAACAUUCAGAUAAAUGUGAAACAUAUUAGAGGUAUGCCUGAAUUAUCAUUUUUGUUGACAUUUUUCUCCAAUGAUACUUCAACUGAUUUCCAUAAUGCUUUUUUUAAAUGGUAAAAUCCAUGUUUACACUUUGGAUAUAGGCAAAAUGAUGGAGGCAGUCGUGUGAAGCUGGCUCUUUGCUGUAUGGAAAUGAGUUAUUAAUGCUGUUGAUUCCCUUGUAAACUGAAUGCCAAAGAAAUGAAAGUUGUUGCUCAGCGGUUGUCCACAAAAGGCCUUGUGUGGUCUUAUGCCAGCUAUGCAUGUUCAUUUCAGCUUCUGACUUUCUUAAACAGCGCCAUACUAUUGUAUUUGUAUUGCAGCAGUGUAAUUACAAGAGCUUCCAUUGAUGCCAGUAUCAUUUAAUACGAUUUAAUCUGCAGCCACACCAGGGACACACCUUUAUUUGUUGUAAAAAAUAAUUAUCAUUGUCGCAAUACCUUUACUAUUGUUUCUAAAUGUGGAUCUGGAGUGACAAUUUACAGUAUGCCCGCCAAUCAGCCAAGUCACCUCUGAAAUCCUCCUAUCUUCUUAGUCCUAUACUGACUUCAGCAGUCACAAACUACCACCACAGCCCUUAUAGGAACCUAGCAUGUGCGACUGUAUUCAUAGAGCACCACCUGCUGGUGCUUUUUGGAACUGCAGAGUGAAGAUGGGUGCCUCUGACUGGCUCGUCCAGCCUUUAUCCACAUUAUGACCACGCUGAAUGUGAACUUGACAUUGUAUACACGAAAUGCACUAAAGGAGCUUUGUGUGUGCCUGAGAAAUGAAUGUAGUGUAGACAUAAUGUAAACAUUUCAAGUCUAUUUUUCCAACUUGAAUUAACUAUUAAAAUAAAUGG